AGUGGGGGAGAAGAAUGUUCCUGUCUCUUCCUACAUUGACUGUUCUUAUUCCACUGGUCUCUUUAGCAGGACUGUUCUACUCAGCCUCUGUGGAAGAAAACUUCCCACAGGGCUGCACUAGCACAACCAGCCUUUGCUUUUACAGUCUGCUCUUGCCAAUUACUGUACCAGUGUAUGUGUUCUUCCAUCUUUGGACUUGGAUGGGUAUUAAACUCUUCAGGCAUAAUUAAUGCAACCAGAGUCAAGAUCAUAUGUGUAUUAGUGAUAUGUCUUGGGCACCAAACUCUGAAAGCUCGACUAGAGGGAAAUACUGUAGACCCAUUUAGUUUGCAGGAAAGAUGCUUUGCCUUCCUUAUGUCAGGCUUAGGACUAUGGGAGGGUUAAGCUGCAGAAGCUUCUUUUAUUGUACUCUUGUUCUGCCCUUGUUUUUUGAAGGUUCUGAUUUAUAACUGCUGUAUCAGAAGAAACGUUUUGGUGAAGUUCUUUGGAGAUUAACACCCCAAAUCAUCAUCUUAUGACUAUUAUCCCAUUCAUCUAAAAGUCAUGUAAAAUUUUGUUUGUUGAGCUUCUUUGCUCUUUGGUAAAGUCACACGUUAGGGAUGACUGAAAUAAUUCCAAAGGAGCUAUGUUGGAAUAGUUGUAGAGAAAUGAGUUUGAACUAGUGUGAUAUAAAACCAUAUAAUAAAAUGGAAAUUUCAUGUACUUACAAAAAUGCUGAGCUUGUAAAAUUACCUUUCAUUUUCUUUGGCAUCAAAUGCUUACAUUAAUAAUAAAAUAAGGU